AUGGGCGACUUGACGACUGCUCUAGUGCUUCUCUCCACCUCUUUUCUUCUGGGGACGCUCUCCAUGCACUGGAGAGCUGAUCAUUUGGUGCUCUGGCAAUCUCCCAUCACCCACAACUCGUUGAUCGAAGCGCACGCCUACUACUCCCAAUCUCUGACGGAUUUGCCGCAUGGUUUUACAUGGCUGCUGUACAUCGUUGGAACGCUUGGAGUGGGAACUACGGUGUACAAAGCUGCGGGUGGAAGAGAGAGCAAUUGGUUGUUCGAUGGCGCUAGUCUUUGUGAGUCAUGCGCUUGUGAAUGCAAACGUGGGAAUGCACGCGGAGGGAGCUUGCUUGCCGCGAUCCUUUUGGAUGUGAGACGAAGCAAAGCCGUUGGGCAAGGAAGAAGCGAUGACCAUGCUGGCUCGCGAGGAAACGGGCAGCCGUUUUUCACGACACAGAAUCCAUCGUCGAGCCUGACUGCUGACGCUCUCAGCCAUCUUGGCUUGCCGGUAACCAGUCCUCUACGGAGCCGUAGGAGUUGUCUUCUAUCAGCGCAUCCAGCCGAGUGAGUGCGAAUGGUCUGAUUGGAUUGCCCAGUGGGAGGUGAGCUGAGCUCGUGGAUGCGCCAUUUGUCAGGUCUCAAUGCUCUUCCGGCGCUAGCUCCGGCACCUCGAGCGGACCCCUCGGAUCCUCUAGAUGCCUGCCUAGUCCCUCUGCGCGAACUGGCUUCCUCUAACGCGGUAGUGGCCGUGGCCUUGGUGGGCAUCAUCAUCCUACAAGCGGGACAGUAUUACAGUCAGAGAUUGGAGGAGAGAGAGAGGAUGGAAGAGGAUGAAGCUAGGGUUAGGAGGAGAAAGAGGAGAGCCGAGAGAGCUGGUAGGGGCAGUCUCUCCUUGAGCGAUGCUGGAACUUCUACUUCCCUCAGCUCUCCUAGCAGUCCCCUACCUCGGUGA